UUAUUAUUAUUAUUAUUAUUCUAUCUUUAUCUGUUUUUAUUUUCUUUUUCUUCUUCUUCUUUUUUUUUUAUAUACAAAUAUAUAUAUUAAACCUACUGUUUGUUAUUAUAGACUAUAUAUAAUUAUAUAUUGUAUCAAACAAUUAUGACCAUCUCUUCAUCACAAAUCGCAACAUGUCGAAAUACAAUAUAUGAACUAUCACCAACUUUACUACCAGAAAAUAUUGCUGGUCUUAUCACUACUGCCUCAUUAGCCACUCGUGUAUCUUUACGUUGUUCCGGUUUAGUCAUUGAUGCUUUGUUUGAAGGGGCAAAAUAUGGUACUUCUGUAUCACUAGGAUUAGGUCGAAACGCUCUUACAAACGCCAUAUCAACAGCAAAACUAAUUCAUUCCUCAAACCCAGAAAAUGAUGAUGAUGAUCAAUGUGCUUCUACGGAAAGUGGAUUUCUUCAACUCAUUGAUAAAUAUACCGAUCUUGGCGUUCAUCUUAUAUCAAGUACAUUUACACUAACUGAAUUAUUUGCUCUCUCUGGAUUACAAUUUACAUCAAAAACAAUCAAAACUGGCUUAAAGGCAUGUGAAGAAACAGUUCGAUUGAUUGAUGGUAUUUUUGGCUCAACAGAUACUUCCCGUGCUAUCGCUUCCAUCAUCACUUUAGUUCAUAGAGAACUUAUGUACGAUCCUGAAUUUGAACUUGCUCAAAUGGGUAAAAUCGCCAUGCUCGGUAGCCUUACCAAAGCUCUUACCGCUUUCGCUCUAUUACAAACUGUCACUCAUCACCGUCGUAUCAAACAAGUUCAAACAACUGUUUUAUGGCAAGAACCCGAUCCACGCAAUUUUCCUCGUCAACAUAUUAUUAGUAAUAUUGGUCACUUUAUGCGUUAUGCCAGUGCUGCCUAUGGUGAAUCGUUUAUGCGUGUUUUUGGUAUUGGUGACAUUCCGUCUGUUCUUCCUACAUCACAUCAUCAUCACCGAAAUCAUCAUGCAUUUGCUCAUCAUACUGGUGUCAUGGUACAAGAUAUCCUGCUAUCAAGCUACACUGAUCAUUCAAGUUUACUGAACAUGCAUCAUCCUUCUUUACAUGCAUUGGUUCAUUAUGUGACCGUGGAUCACCGAACGAAAUCAAUUGUAUUGACUUGCCGUGGUACAUUGGGGCUCAGCGAUGUAUUGACCGACUUAUCUUUCACCUAUACCGAUUUUACCCUUCCGACGGAACCCAACAAACAUUUCCAAGCACAUGAUGGUAUGUUAGAUGCUGCCCAACUUUUGGCCAAGGAAAAAGGAAAAGUAUAUCAAGCUAUCCGUCGUGGAUUAGAACAGUAUCCAGAUUAUGGUCUUGUUUUAUGUGGACAUAGUUUGGGUGGUGGAGUUGUCAGCUUACUUGGUGUUUUAUGGACACUUACACAUGAUCCUGUGCCUUUUGUGACUUCUCGACCAAGUGGACUUCCUGCAGGGCGCCCAGUGCAUUGUUAUGUCUAUGGUCCUCCUUGUGCUAUGUCGUAUGAUCUUAGUCAAUAUUGUGGUCAAGGAUUGGUAACAAGUGUGGUCCAUGGCUAUGAUGUAGUAUCUUGUCUUAGUUGGGGUUUGAUCAAGGAUUUGAAGAACGUUGCCACUAGUCUUCAUGAAGAAAGUCAUACAGCUGAAGCCAUCAUUAGUCGUAUUAUUGGAAGAUACAAUCGUCGACAGGAAGAAGAGGAUCAAUGGUUAUGGGCAACAAUCAAAACCAUGCGUGCCGACAUGCGUGCCGAUAAAUUAUACCCACCUUCAACUGUAUAUCAUGUAGAAUCUGUGCCUCAAUUGAUCCAAAACCCUAUUCAUCAUUCAGAAACAGCCACCUCUACCUCUACCUCUCGACAAUCACAACACCGCAAAGCCCAUAUGACAACCUUGACUUUAUGUGAUGAUAUCCAAGCUCGCUUUUCUGAAAUCAAUUUCUCAAGGAGUAUGUUUGUGGAUCAUACCCCUACCCUCUAUGAAAAGGCAAUUCGAAACUUAUGUCGUGGAUUCUUUGGACAAGAAGGUGCUUAUGAAAACACUUGA